AUGGGCAUGCGCAUCGUGUCCGACUCGGUGUAUCAAGCCCACAAGCCGAAUCGGAAUGGACCCAAUGCGAAGGGUUUCUUCGUCCUCAACAUUCGCGGCGAGGUGGACACCAUCCUCAACUUCACAUUCGUCGACGACAACUCGCAGGACCCGGUGACGGUGCCGAAUUUUGUGAUCUCCAUCUACGACUUUGACAGGGGCUGCAGCGGCCAGUCGGCUGGCUUGCGUAACAAAACGUGCGAUGGCGGCAGCUUUGAUCUCGGCGAGGUUGUGAUGGCCAAGAGCUCGACCGCAGACCCCGCGCAAGGCUUUGACGCGUACAUCACGUCCGGCGGCACGUCAGAGGUUGAGAUUGGCGCCGUCACUGGCGGCUGGACGAGCUUCAGCGCCACACUUGCGGGAAGCGGAGCUGACAACCCUGGUACCGUUCAAGGCCUGACUGAGGACCAGCUGAACAAGGCUGUGAGCCUCUACUACAGCAACACAUCGAGCUUUCAGCUUAGAGUCCGCCUGUUCCCUCCCCCCGCCUUCAAUGCAACCUUAACCGACACCGGGAGGAACAUCUUGCUGUCGGGCGUGGACUCGAGCUUGUUCGACAAGCAGGCGCCCGUGAGCGACCUGUCAUACGCCGACAGCACGACGGGACGGCCGUGGGCCGAGUGCGGCCAAUACACAAGCCAGUGGUGGGGCGUCGACCUCGGGAGCGAGGUGUAUGUGCGCUACGUGCGGCUGCAGAACCGCAACGACUGCUGCGCGGAGCGUCUGACCGGCAUUGACAUCUAUCUCGGCUCGACGGCAGAGACGUACACGGGCAACGCGCUGGUGAAGUCGGACGUGAGCGUGUUGUCGAACGUGAUGUUGGAGGUGGAGAUCAACGCGUUGGGGCGCUACAUCUACCUCAACUAA